AUAAAAUUUUUAUUAAAAUAAUUAAGAAAUUUAACGAGAAUAAAAUUAUAAAAUUUCUAUUGCAUCAUUGUCAAUGAUAUCGUGUGCGGUCACGUGAGGAUUAAGUAAAAAACGAAUGCUUAUGAAAAGGUAGGGGCACUAUCAUAUAUGGGGAGUCACGAAUUUUGUUUACGGCCCUGGUUUCGAGGAUCAUUUGCAGUUGUAUUCAGGCAGUAGCAGUCUCAGAAGCCGGAACGUUUCGUGUGCACGUCGUGAGCGAAAAAGUUACGCACAGCACAUAAAGUUGAGAAGAAUCGGCAAACAAAUAGUCAUUUGACAACAGGAAUACUUGUCAUCAAACGAAAGAAGGAAUCGAACAAGCAAAAGCGACAUCGUAGAAAGACGUAAAACGAGACACUGGAGUGCACCCGACAGGGCGAUCCAUCUGUCUCGAUACACUCACGAAUACCCGUUCAAUUUUUACGCUAGAAGGCGGCCGUCCAGCAGGGCGAUACCAUUUUAUAUGACUUUUCUUCGACGUCAAGAAACAUCCAGGAUAUCAUCCAGAGGGAAAGGAUCGGUGUACAGCAAAGGCGGCGGUAGUAGGACGUUGUCCAAGCGAUUUCUAAACGGCAACAUCAUCACUUACGACCGGUCUAAUCGUUCGUUACGAGCCACCUGUGAGUUAACCACACCAACCUGGUACCCAGGCUUUCUUAGGGGCACAAGCAACGGACAGGCAGCGUGUAUGAUCAUUGAAGACUAUCCCCCUCUGCCCACCAAACCGAGGCAAUAUUUGCAUCAAGAUACUACCCAACGAUUUCUGAAUCAUCUAGUCCUGCCUAAGCACAGGACCUCAAAAUUUUCCAGUAAUAGGCAUCGGAAGCUACAGCCGUUCAGAGAAACGUGACUGGUGUCAACGGAUAGUGCGGCAUACGUUACCGCAGACAACGAAAAUCACCCUGACUCGACACGUAACGAGCUACCAUCGGGUAGCCAUUGCCUGGCAACG